UCUGGGCCUCUAUGCAGGUUUUCUCGAGCUAUGUUGGGGACCCAAACGCGAGGAUUUGAGACCAAAAUCGAUCUUUUUGGCCUACAUGUACAAUGCUUUGUACUAACACAUGACUGAGCACACCAUCCACAAAGUGAAACAUAGGAGGAGCAGAAUCCUGCAUGUCAGCAGAUGGAGCUGGUCAGUAAAGCAGAGGGCUGACCUGGAAGGAAACCUGUUAGAAACUAAGGGUUGAAUCGCCUCUUACUUGGAUCAAGAUCAUAUUUAUGUGUUGGAAUGGUGCAGCCAAGGUUUCUAUUGCUACAAUAAAGCACUUCUUAUUGUUAUUCUGAUACAUAAAAUCCCAUUAAAAUACACUAAAUUUUGUGGUUGUUGCGUGAUAAAAUGUGGAAAGGUCAAACGACCGCUUUUGGAAAUCCCCAAAAGAGGCUGUAGAUACGGGACUGUUUUACAGAUUUUACUUGACAGUUCGGGGAAAGGCUUCUGUUUGUCUCGUGACUAUAUUUGGAAACCUUUGCUCCUCGGCAGUAAAAGUGGAAAUAAAGGCACAAGCACAAUGCUGUGCACGGCACUAUCAAGUCAGGGAUAAGCUUACUGACUUUGAGCUCUGUCUGUGUUUCGGAUUAUGAGAAGAAACUGAAAGUACUGGGAAUCUGGUUGAUUUUCUUUGAAACGUGAUUUGAUUAAAAAAAAAAAAGCUACACACUCGAUCCAGGGCCAAUGAGCAGACAGAAAAGGCAAAACAGGACUUGGAAUACAUGGGAAUUUCCUCUCCUCCUCUUUUUUUGUUGGGCUUGUCAUUACACUUCCUCUGUCUACUCAUAAAACCCUUCCUCUUUGUUUCACAACACGGUUCACUCAGUUCAGCUCAGGAUCUCUCCUGCCGUCUCCAUGCAGCAGGUUAUCAGUGUCUGGGUGCGAGACCCGCGGAUACAAAAGAAUGACUUCUGGCAUGCCUACAUGGACUAUGAGAUUUGUUUACACACCAACAGUGUGUUCUUCAACAAGAAGACUUCAAGAGUGAGGAGGAGAUUCAGUGAGUUUGUGUGGCUCAGACAGAAACUCCAGGAAAAUUCUCUCCUACUCUUAAAGCUACCAGAGCUUCCACCCAAAAACCCCUUCUUCAGUCUGAACAACGCCCAGCAGGUUGCGGAUCGGAUGAAAGGACUCCAGAAGUUUUUGGAAAAAAUCCUCCAGAGCAAUCUGGUGUUAUCCGACAGCUGCCUGCACCUUUUCCUUCAGUCCCAGCUGAGCAUUUCCAAAAUGGAGGCUUGCGUUGCCGGAAAGACCACCUUCACCGUGGCCCAGGCUGUGCAGAACUGCGGCCUGAGGAGAUUUCACUCAGAAGAGGACCUGCAGAAGGACCUCGGCGUGUCCUGUGACUCUGACUCAGAUAGCUCAGAGAGCAGAGAUCCAAGGCACAAGACAAAGGAGUUGACAUUAAACAAGUCGAGGAGUGCAGCCAUCCUUGAUCGGAGGGGAACCUGCCCAGAGGAGAUGCUCAGCUGCUCGAAUGGUUCUGUAUGAAAACUGGAAACGACUGAAUGAAAGUGAAAACUCGAGUCUGUUUACUUGAUUCAUGUCCGUCUUUCUGGAUGUGUAAUGACCUACGGAAAGCAACUUGUUUCCUUUCCCUGCAACCAUUUUCACUUUUGUGUAAUUUACAUUGUCCUAAUUGAAAAGCUGGUUUCACAAAAUCAGUAGUUAUUUUAAUUUCAGCCUCCAUUUAUGUGCUUGAAAAAGUAUUCACACCACUACAACUUUUUUUUUUUUUUUUUUUUUUCACAGAGUCUUAAAGUAUGACGUCAGACGUAACCAUUGUUAUGAUGCAGACCAACAAAAACUCACACUGGUUCUUAACAUUUUUUGCAAAUAGAAAUGUGAGGUGAGAGAAGUGUGCGCUUGUAUUCAGCCAUGUUUCCCCUGAUACCCCUAGAUUAUUGUUCACAGCAGGAUGAGGUCAUAAAACCACAUACAAAACAAAAUGCAUGGUGGGAAAAGAAAGAGCAAACAAACACUGGAUAUAACAAAAAACACAACAUCCCCAUCGUGAAACAUGGUCAGAGUUGAAUGGAGAGAUGAAUGGCACUAAAUUCACAGCAAUACUGGAUGAAAAACUGUUAGAGGCUUACCCACAGCAUGUUCAUGUGGCAAAAUGGCCCUGUCAAAGUACUAACCUAAAAAAUAAUUGAGAAUCUGCUGCAGAAUUUGAAAAACAAUGUCCGUAAAUACUCUCCAUCCAACUUGACUUUACUUAGCUGUUUUGGGAAGAAAAAUGGGUAAAAGUAUCAACUUGUUCAUGUGCAAAGCUCACUUUUCAGAUUCCUAUUUAUGAAACAAAUUAUUUUACUGCUAUGUGUCAACUAGAUUACUUAACUUUGUGGCCGAAAGUGACAAAAAUGUGUGGAAAAAGUUUAUUCGGGGGCAUGAAUGUUUUUGUAAAAUUGUCCAUAACAUUUUGUUGCAUUAUGAUGAUAUGCUGUGUGCAUGGUAGAAACAUGUGUAAUAAUGUUGUGCCUGCGGGUGGCAGUGUUGUCACAGUUCGUACAUUUAUCUCUCUCGGAAACGUGUUUUAACUGUGCCUUGUAGCUUUAUAAAUUAACUUUGACAGAAGCA